AUGUCGGCAUUGGAAAAAGCCAAGAUCAUCUUCGCCAACAUCUACUUCAAUCAUGAUGGUGACAUUCAACGAGUGCUGACGGGCAGCAUCGGGGGCAACGACGUUGCUAAGCGCCAGAAGCAGAAGUGGGAGCAGCUAGUUGAUGAAAUAAACGCCUUAUGUGGCACUGUUCUGACCGUUAAAGGGCUCAAGGCAAUGAAGGACUACAUGACUAAAGGUGACGGGAAGGAUCACAGAUCAGUAUCAGAGUUCAAGCUUCAAUAUCAACAGUCAACGAUCAAAGAUCAGGGAUCAAGAUCAAGAAUCACAGAUCUCACUUACGCAUCUCGGAUCACGACGGAUUUGGCUGAGACAUCAAGAUCAACGAGUGAUCUGGAUCAUGUGCUUGAUCUGUGGAUCAGGAACCGCAUACCGGCCCUGAACAAGCCCUAUGAAAGUCAGUGA